AUGACAGUGGAAGAGGAUACACAACGUGAGUGAACAUGCUAAAAAUCCAUAAAAAUUCUCCUUCCAGAAGCCCUAGACGCGGUCAAAACCGCAGCGACGGUGCUGAAGGAAAGUGUCGACGCGGGAAUGUACAUUGGCAAAAAGUGUGUGCCGCAGUUGGCGGUUUUUGUCGAACUCGGCCUCGUUGUGCGCACUGUGAUCGGAUUCACAGAGGCCGGACAGAAGGAUCCGGUGAUGGAGGAGAUUGGAAGUUUGGAACGAAAACUGGAGAAGAUUGAGGAGAAAAUGAAGGACAACUUUCAAGACCUCAAAGCGUUUGUCGCCGAGCACAGUUUCUAUACGGUAAUGUCUUGUCUUUCGACACGUUUAUCUCAAGACACGAUCUCCAGAGCUUACAUUGGGCGCAAGUGCGCCCCGCCCAAUAGAGCGGUACAUUGGCGCGAAAUUCAAAUUUUAACAGCAAAAUUUGUGUUUUUUGCCAGAUUAGUCACGAAAAACCGAUAAUUUCUCAUUUGUCUCUCGAUAGACCGAUUGUAUAGGCUAUUACGAAUUUUUUAAGCGCAAGAGCGUUAAAUUUGGUCAAGUCGGAAAUCACAUUUAUCCGUUUGAAGGUUUUUGGCUAAAACUGCGUGAAUUUCAGUUGCUUUUCGGUAGUUUUCGCGGUUCGAGCGCUCAAAAUUCUUGUAUUUACGUGAUUUAUCAUUCUCAAAACCAAUUCCGUCUGAAAACAGUCAAGAAAGCGCAAAAUGAGAAGUGCGGUUUUUAGGCGGCGAUCGGCGGCGAAGGCGAAAAAGCGAAAUCCGCGAAAAAUGCGCCAAAACGUCAUUAAUUCUGAGAAUUCGUGUGUUUUCAUGUCGAACAUGCAUUUUGCAUCGCCGUUGACCACAAAAAUCAGAGAAAACCUGCUCAAUUUAUGAAAACGCCAUUUGGCCGAGGCCACGCCCAUAUUGUCAGCUCUGGAGACCGUGCGCAAGAUCCGAUGAUUUUUUCAAAAACUCGUCAACUAAAAAGUUGUUGCAAUGUUUGUGCUGAUCAACUUUGUAGUUGAGCAUUUUAUUCCAAUCUUUGUCAUUCUUGAGUUAUGGCUGUUUCAGGAUGUACCACUGGCCAGUAAGCUCCUCUUCCAAUCGAUGCAAGAUGCGAUGAAGACUCCCGGCGAGGAUAGUCAAAAAGAGUUUAGAGAGCAGUGUGAGGCUACUCAACCGUUGGAAUAUGCACGGGUAUCAUCGUUAAAAGCCUUCUAAAAACUGUCAAACUUUUUGCAGCGCCUCAAGUACCAACUAAUGAAGCCGACCACGAAUCCGCUAAAGAUGACGAUGGCUGCUCAUCCGCUGGACGGUGCUGUCGUUUUCAAAAAGUGGAACAAUAUUUAUGAUAGCAUCCUUACCCAACUUGUAAGUACCGGUACUAAUCCCACAAAUUAAUGGAAUCAGUUUGUUCAGUGUCUCAUAGAAGCCAUAUCAAGUGGACUUCUCUACAAGAAGAACAAGUACAGAGUGGAUCUGAUCGAGAAGGAGUAUAAGGAAUUUGAGAAACGCAUUCAGAAAUGGGAUCAUGAGUAUAGGGUACGGGGGUGUACUAAAAACUUGAUGAAAAUGAGACUCGUCUAGACUAACGAUCAUUAUUGGCCUGACGCGAUUCGCAAGAUUGUUGAAGACGUUCAAGAUAAGCGCACAGACAAGAAUGGCGGUGAAAAAGCAGAGAUUAUUCGGACGAUUCUGGAGCGCAUUUUCACAGAGUAACACAAUAUAUCGGGCUUGAUUUACAUCGACUUUCAGCGACAUCUUCUACAUAACCGUCUUCAAAAACACCAUCGAACAUGUGUGCUACGCAAGCGAACCAAGUCAGGCAAUCUUGUCACUGAACCGUGGGGACCACAAAGUCAUCGUUUAUCGGAGCCGGAAGGCGAGAAGGGAACCGGAAAAAGUGGCAGAUCUGAAGAAACACGUGGAGGCGAUGCGGACACUCAACUGGCCCAAGGACCAGUACGAAUGGCCGAAGGAGGAGAGUCUCAAAUGGUUCGCCGACAUGUUCCUCCGGGAGAGCGGGUUCGUUUUGAUGGCAAAAGCGAGGGAGACCGAUGAUAUCGGUGUACAGUCGACGAGUAAAUCAGUGUUUGAACACGGACCCGGUCAUCAUUUGUUCGGCUCUUUCCGUCCGCAAGAUUCGAAAACUCUGGCCAGAAAAGUGUUCACUCCCUUUUUCAUUGUUGCUGGCUACAAAUAA